ACAGAUUUCAUUCAAAGAAAAACAUAAAUAAAUUCUCUACAAAAUCAAUCCGUGAAAAACCCCAAAUUCGAUCUCCAUGAUAAUUCCAAGAUUUUUCUUCAACAAUCUCAACCCAUUUUCCCUAACCAAAACCCGCACCAACCCAUUACUUCUCAUCAACAGAUUCAACAAACAAACCCUAAUCAAAUCACCCUUUUCAUCAAUCCCCAAAAUGGGUGACCCAAUUCGGAAACCCGCCGGCGUUUCAAUUCCGGCGGUGGAAUCCGCCGACCGGGCCGAACUAUACAGGGCCCUUGAAUCGUCUUUGGGCUCAUCAUUCAGUACUCAGCCCAUUAUCCCAACCCCAAGACCUCUGAUCAUUGUUAUAAGUGGGCCAAGUGGUGUGGGCAAAGACUGUUUGAUAAAAUGCCUGAGAGAAAAAAGAGAAAAUAUUCACUUUGUUGUUACUGCAACUAGUAGGGCAAUGAGAGCUGGUGAGGUUGAUGGGAAAGAUUAUUUCUUUAUGGGUAAAGAUGAUUUUUUAAAAAUGGUUGAAAAUGAUGAGUUUUUGGAGUAUGCGUUAGUUUACGGCGAGUAUAAAGGGAUACCGAAACGACAAAUUAGGGAUUAUAUGGCGAAAGGGUAUGAUAUCGUGUUGAGAGUUGAUAUACAAGGUGCGGCUACGUUGAGGAAAAUACUUGGUGAUUCGGCGGUUUUUGUGUUUUUAGUUGCAGAGAGUGAGAGUGAGUUAGUAAUGAGGUUAAUUGAUAGGAAAACGGAGAGUAAAGAGUCGUUGCUUGUGAGAGUUGCAACGGCUAAAGAGGAGUUGAGACAAAUGAAGAAUUUUGAUUAUGUUGUUGUGAAUGCUCAAGGGAAGUUGGAGAGUUGUGUGCAGAGGGUCGAGUCGAUUAUUGAUGCUGAAAAAGCUAAAGUUUUGCAGAGGAGGGCAGUUGUUUAGGUGGUUUGAUCUUUUUACCUUUUCGUGUGGUUCGUUACUUGUUAGUUUAAGUAGUAUGGUUAUCUGGUUAUUGAAGUAGUUAGACUUGGUAUGUAGAAUACUUUGUCAUUAAUUGUGAUACAAAGUUUGUUGCUUCUGGCAUGACUUUAUGGCAGGAUUUGUGCUUUUGUGAAUGCUAUAAAAAGUUCAUAUAUGAAUUUGACUUCAUUUUUAAGCCUUAA